UCUUUCUUUCGAUCGUAUUUCAAAACAAAAUAACAUACCCAGCUGUCGUCUUUCUGUUCGCUGUACUCUGCUAUCUACUAAGCAUAGACCAACAUGGCAAGCUUUAUUUUGGAAAACGCAGGCAACAUUGCGACAACAGCUAUUGAGUUUCUCGAACAAAAAGCUGAUGAUUGGAAACAAGUUGUACCUGAAGCGCAUGAUUUUCAGCGUGAAUGUGAGCAUUUUCGCAACAUCGUGCACGCAUUGACGCCCGAAGCUCUUAGCAGUAGCCACCAUCAUGGGCCUUCGAGGACAAAUAAUAUCACGUUUGUCAACGUUAUCCGUGUGUACCGGAUAGCCAAAACGUUCCGACAGCGCACUGGCAGGCAGAAUGGCGCGAACGAAGAGUCUCAGCCAUUCACGAACGCGGCCAGCGAUACCCGAUCUGAUUACGGCUCCGUCUCAACUACACAGCAUGACACCACUGCAACAACAACACAGGAAGCUGUAAAGCGCUCAAUCAGGUCAAAGCCAAAGACGAUCAGGGAGCAAGGUGCCCGUGCAAUUGUUAAUGAAAUCACAAAACACAUCGAGGGUGCCAACAAACGCCUCGAAAAGUUUAUCAAGGAACACGAACGCAAAAAGACGUGGCACCACAGUGUUCGAUGGUUCUUUAGGCGAGCUAUAGUCGCUCGGGAAUAUCGCGACUUUUUCCGGGACGAAUCCACAGCAGUUCGUGACCUCCUCAACGACCUCGUUUUGUGCCAAAAAAUAGCAGAGAGCGCAGCUAUUCCCAAGGUAGACGAUUUUCAAAAGGAUAUGUCCGAAGAGCCGUAUCUGUUUUGGAAGAAGCACAUGGGCCAACUUGUCGUAGCCAACUGGCAGCAAUUCAUUGAUUCGUAUACCCUCUUGUAUGGAUCGUUCGAUCCGAAAGAUCUGGCGUAUGCUGAGCGCAUGCUCAAGUCCCAGGGUGGCAGCAAUCAAAUCACGGUUUAUGGCUUUAUAAGCUUUACGCGCAAGCAUGGGUUCCCGUUCAAGAAAAGUAUCGCCACAACAACAGCGGAUGCCGAAACGACCAUGUCGGAAGAGGCCCGCAUGGAAAUCACCAAAAUGAUUAUGAAUAUGGUGACUGAUUUUUCCGAGCCCGCUAUGCAAGAGCAUCUUCUUGCUCUUUAUGGAUGGUUCAAGGGACUCAAGCAUAAUAACACCGCCGAGAUCAAGAAACGGGCAGACGAAUGGGCAGUGCUUAUUAAAGCAUCGAGAGACGUCGAAGGAGAAAUUACCGACGAGCAGCAAAAGAAGGCAGUUAAUGUCGACAAGGCCAGACGCGCGGUGAGCUUCUUUUAUCAACGAUACAUGGUCAUGUGGCGUGUCGGACAAGUCUCGCGUGAAACGAUCAAAGAUGUCGAUUUCCCAGGGAGAUCUCGGAUCAGGGACUUUCUCUGCUAUUGUGGACCACUUGACAGAUCAAAUUAUCAUAUUGUCAUUGGAAAGACGGGUGACUGGGAGAAAAACGGCAAGCCUAAAGUGUACACUUUUCUGGAAAUGCUACUAAAAAAGAACGAGAACGCAAAAAGGGAGCAAUAUUCGAACGGUGCUGCUGCUGCUGGUGGUAGUAGCAGUAGUCGACAAAGAGUUCAAGAUGUUGCAGUCUGCGCAUUGGACAUCAGUAGAGGCCAAAACAAUUAAUACCUAUUUGUUCAAGGGAAAAAAAUUCUGUUGCAAUUCCCUAGCUGUAAG